AUCGCUGUCGGGUAAAAUCAAGCCAGGUCAAAAUGACAACUGAGGAGCCUAUUUCUUCGUUCCCCAUGGACAAGGAGGCUGCUGAGGAGGAAAUCGCAUUGUUGGUUCGCAAGCCAGGUUUCGACGAAUUAACUCCAUCGGAUAUCGUAAGGCAUAUGAAUAAUCGUUUUAAUAUCAACUUUGACUCUUAUAAAUCGCAGCUUAAGAAGAUGGUUAUCGAAGAAAUUAAGAAAAGAAAUGAUGAAAAUGGCUCAGAUAGUUCAGAUGAUGGUGGAACUGACAGUGAUAGUGAUCAUGAAGAAGGGGAGGAAAAGAAGGAGAAAACAGAAAAAGUCAAGAAAGAAGAGCUGCCAGUAAAAGCUAAAAAAGAGGUGAAAGAGGAUUCCGACUCGGAUAGCGGUGUUGAAGAUGCUGUUAUGGACGGGAAGAAGAGAGGAAAGAAAACUACUACAAGGAUUCCACCAGAUAUGGCAUCAAGCAUCAAAUCUACAAGAAGAGCUGCUGCUUCGGACGCUCUGAAACAGAUCAGAAAUACCUCGGAAGGAGGUAGAUUUGCGAAUAAUAAGAAGAAGAAGGUGAAGGAUCCAAAUGCAGAUAUGUCUGGAGUCUUUGGACCAAUGACAAAGCUCUGUUAUAUCAGCACAGAGCUUCAACAAGUCACCAAAGAUCAGUGGAUGAAGCGUUGCGAUGUGGUGAAGGCUCUCUGGGAUUAUAUUAAGGAAAAUAAUCUGAAGGAUCCAAAAAACGGACAAUACAUUAUCUGUGAUAGCACACUUGAGUCGAUCUUCAAGAAGAAUCGUCUGAAGGGAUUCGGAAUGGUAAAAUUCUUGACAAGACACAUCAUUGGAACCAGUGAUAUGGCACCGGAAAUGAGAGAAGAGGCUGAAGCCGAAAUGGAUAAGCGUAGAAAAGAGUGGAAGGAAAGACAAGCAAAAAAGCGUGAAGCCGACCUGGACGCCAACGGAGUUGCAGAUGAUGAGCCAGAGCCCAAAAAACCAAAAAAGGAGGAGGUGGAAGAUGAUGAAGAUGAGAAAAAGGCCGGUAGCAGCUCUUCAGAUGAUGAAGAUAGCGAUUAAUUUAUCGUUAAUUUCCUCAUUUUUGUUAUAAUUAUCUCCUACACUCAGCUAUACACACAAAAUCUCCCCCAUUCCACGUUUUUUCUCCGCAUUUUUCGGCAAUAAACUGCCGAAAUUCCAGGGCCCAAUUUCAAAUUCAAAUUUUAAAUGCAAAAAUGAAUUUUCCCCUUUCCCCAAACUUCUUUCAAUUUUCUCCCCUUCAAAUGUGUACAUUUCCUUGAACUUUUCCUCCACUGAGCUCUCUGUCAUUAUUGCUUUCUCAUACUUUUUACUAUUAUAUUUAAUAUAUAUUAUACAUAUAUCUCCUUCAUUCCACCAUCGCCCACCGCAUAUUGUUUUUCUGGGUGGGUUUUGAGAAGAGAAACAUGGUAAUAAAACAUUUU